CAAUGCAUAAUGGUUCACUAAUGAAUAUUCAGCUCGCACAAUUUGAGUGGAAUUUGCUUGCCGUUAUAAUUAGAUUUCCUGAGAAAAGGUGGAUGUGGAGAGGGUAGAUGUGAGAAAGAUAUAAGAGAAAGGGAAACCUAAAGAAACAGAGAGAAUUAUUAUUAUUAUUAAAUGAUCUUAUUUCCAGAAUAGUUAAGGUUAUUGUAAAACUAAUGACAAACUGUUUUCUAGGGUAGGCUACAGUGUGGUUGAAAAACACAGUCAUUUAAACGUCUUAAAAUAUAUAUUUUAAAUGUCUUAAACGUUUUAAGAAAACAUAAUUAGUUAGUUAAAAUAAAAUGUUAAAUCAUUUGAACCCAAAAUUGCUAAUAGCCUGGAAACAUUAAAUACAUUUUUAAUGUUUAAGUGAGUUUAGAUUGUAACUGUGUUUUUGAGUGACUCUCCAUCCCUCUGUUCUUCUCCGCACCCCCCACCGAAGUUUCAGUUAGUUGUGUCUCUUUGAAUGGCCCAGUGCAGAUGGAGGGCAUCUGAUGUACAGUGGUGAGGGGGAGGCAUAAGGUACUUUGACUGACUACCUUGCUCUGUGACUCGAAAUUCUUCCCCUUUUUACCGGCAAUAUCACAACUCAGAAAUGAAGAAAGACCUGAUUCUUUUCUGCUUUUUGGUCUCAGCACUGGCCGCAUAUGUACAAAGUAAGCCUCAUGGAAAAAAUCAGCAUGCCAAACACAAGCUGACUCCAAAAGAGCAAUCGGAGUCAGUGAAGCAUCAUGACAGUAAGGAUGGAGUUCCGCCCACAUUUCUGCCUUUUGAGUCCAGCACUCAGGACCCAGAGGACGAAGACAUGAGUGAGGAGAAUGAGAGCCGUGUGAAGAUGAAGCAAGCAGGGGCAGAAGAGCUUGAAGGUUCAGGGGAAGGUGAGAAGAAUACACCAUUGCUCCUGAGUGAGGAGGCACUGACUCAGAUCCUGCAGGUUCAUGAGGAGGUAGAUGAACCUGUUGAGGAGGAUGAAGAUGAUGAUGACAAAGAAAUGAAGGAGAUGGAGGAGGAGGGAAAGAAAUAUGGAGAAUCUAUAACAAAGAACGAAGAUGGAACUGAAAAAAGAGAAGGGGAGAACAAGGUAGAGGAUGCAAAUGAGACUGACAGCAGUACUGAGGCAGAGUUACCAAUGGAUUUGGACUAUGCAGCUGAUCGUGAUGCUUCACAGCCACUACCCAUCAAGCUGGAAGAGGCCAAAGUUUCAACCAUCAACACUUUGGGAAAAGAGAUGGAGGGAACAGCUGAAGAUGUGAUUCCCACAGUCACAGUGGACUAUGAAUCCAACACUGACUCUGAGGACAUUGCAGAGGAACAGGAUGUGCCAACAGAACAAACCCAAGAUGAGCUUAAAGCACCUUUUCAAGUCUCUGAGAAUGACAAUGAAAAAGAGAAGAGUGAUCAACAGGAUGAAAAGAACAGCACUGAAUCUGAGGCUACAAUCCUUUCUAGUGGCAAAAAGGCAAAGAAGGAGAAAACUGAAAGUAAAAGCCAUGGAAAGGGCAAAGCCAAGACGCAGCAAAACAUCCAGCAGCUGGAGAAGAUGCAGAGUGACCAAGCCAGUACAAUGGAAGCAACUGAAGAACAUACUCAUAGGAAAGACCCAGAAAAACUGGAGGAGCCCACUGAAAAUACAGAGCCUAAACCCAAAAAGAAGAAUGGGAAAUGGACUCGCUUGGUGGGGAUGAAUCCCGUACAAAUUAGGGCCACUAAGGAGGUUUACCCUGACAUUCGACCCACUCGUCAGCCCAGUGGACAGGGGUUGCCAGUUGACCCCUGUGAGAACUUUCACUGUAAAAGAGGGAAGACAUGCAAAAUGAAUGAUGAGAACAAGCCCGUCUGUGUGUGUCAGGAGCCGUCAGAAUGUCCUCCCAGUGUAAAUGAUUUAGACCAUGUAUGCGGAACAGACAAUAAGACAUAUGACACAUCCUGUCAGCUCUUUGCAACCAAGUGUGGCCUUGAGGGGACAAAAAUAGGCCACAGACUUCACCUGGAAUACACUGGAUCCUGCAAAUUUAUUCCUCCAUGUCCAGAGUCGGAGCUGGUGCAGUUCCCUCUGCGUAUGCGGGAUUGGCUGAAGAACGUGCUUCUGCAGUUAUAUGAGCAUGAAUCCAUGUCUCCUGGCUUUCUCACAGCUAAACAAAAAAUCAGGGUUCAGAAGAUCUAUGAGAGUGAGAGACGGCUUCAUGCGGGCGAUCACCCUGUUGAACUUCUACAGCAGGACUUUGAGAAGAACUACAACAUGUACAUCUAUCCAGUUCACUGGCAGUUUGCACAGAUGGACCAGCAUCCUUCAGACAGGUUUCUUUCUCAUUCGGAGCUGGCUCCAUUGCGGGUUCCCCUAGUUCCAAUGGAGCAUUGCACCUCAGUCUUUUUCCAAAGGUGUGAUGCUGACAAGGACAAACUGGUCUCCUUCAAGGAGUGGUGCAGCUGCUUUGGCAUUAAGGAAGAGAACAUGGAUACCAAUCUGCUGUUUUGAGCAAGAGCAAAUGCCUAAACCAGCAUCUCAGAGCUAAUAGAAGCAAAACUAACUUUCUUUUUUAUUAUUAUUAUUACAUAUGACAGAUAUAACAUUGGAGGUCUAUUCAGUGAAAUGGAAAUGGAUUUUGAGUAAUGAUCAUGAUGGACAAGAAUGUCUAAAAACCUGUUUUUGGUGCAUUAUAUGUUUAGCAUAUUUGAUUUUAAAAAUAAAAGGAACUAUAGGUAAUAAUUUAGUUCAAAAAUGAACAAAAAUACUGUAUGUACUUUUAGUUUAAAAGUUUUUGUAUGCAUUCCAGGGGGAAAAGUUUACUUGGUGAAUAAAAAAAAUAAAUAAAAUAGGAUUUUAUAAUGAUGCUGGAAAAUGUUUCUUAUAUGUGCGUAUUGUCAAAUAAUUAGCCUACAUAUUUAGUACAAAUUAUAUUAAUGGCUUAAAUGCAUGAAUCCGGAACUUAACUAUGCGUCACAAGAUAUUUAUCAUAUGUCAUAAGCUUUGGAAGGUUUGAUACGCACACUGACAACAGUUACUGUGUUUGGAAAAGAACUGUGUGGGGUAUGACCACUGUAAUUAAAAAAAAAAAAAAUGUGUCUGGGGGAAAAUAAAUACCCUUAGGAAGUCAUUAAA